UAGUUCAUCACCGCAUGAUGUUCAGUCGCCAAUAUGCAUGGAUGCCUCCAUGGAUCCAUGCAACAAUGGCCCGUGAAUUCUUGGUUCCUGAGCUAGUCCCUCGUUCACCUCCAUCAUCUCUGGUCCCGAGCUCCAUCCAUUCGCUGCACGACCAUUCAUUGAAAUGCUUGGAGGUUUCUACUCUUUCUGGGCGAAAUGAGCAUCCAUUCGCUGUACCCACGAUCGACCUCAGCACCGCGGUCGGAGGUGCAUCCGGUCGAAUCAUCCUCCCUCGCUUGAACCUCCGGCCAAUGAUCCUUCCUACGUCCCACAACCCCACAAUUGAACUGGGACUCAACACCUUCCCAAGGCUGCUGAAAACUCUGCACAGGUCAUCUUUACUUCGUAAACGAACCUCAAAAGGAAUGCCCAAAAUUGAUGCGCACUCCAUUAAUCGAGAGCAGCUUCUGGGUUUGUGAAGUCUUUUCAAAUGAAUUGCCAUUCGAUCCUUCGUGUCAAGCAUUUCCACGGCUUCUCCUGGCGGCAGAUCCUUUAAAUAAGGAAAAUCGCUAAUUGUUUGAGAUAGUGUUAUAUCUCUUUGUCCAAAAGCACAAAAAAUUUGAACUUUUUAUGAACCCACAUUGCAAUUUUCAAGGAAUGUUGAAUAAUAAACAUCUUAAGAUUAUAUAUAUAAAACCAUUCACUCCCGUGUUGUCAUGA